AUGCAACUUCACCCAGAACACCGCUGGAAAGUCAAGCAGUCUCUUUUUCUUGAUCUCGGGCUUUGUUCAUUGAUGAUCAAGUCUGGCAUUGCGAUGAGUGAUUUCAAAGUCCUCAUAAUAGGAGGUGGAAACUGUGGCUUGGCUAUUGCUACCGGUCUUGAACAGGCUGGUAUAAAGUACACUAUUUUUGAGAGGGAAAGUCGGUAUGACUUUUACAACAGGCCUCGAGACUGGGGAAUGUUGUUGCACUGGGGGCAAGAGUACCUCAUGAAGCUACUCCCUGAUCAUCUCGUAACCCAUCUGAAAGAGGUGCGAUGUGACCCAAGGCUCAAUGAUCAUGAUGCGUCUUUGAAGGGGGUACCAUUCGUCGAUGCCUUCACUGGUGAUGUGAUAGCCGAAAUUCCCAUGCAAGGAGUAAAUCGUGUUUCCCGCAUGAAAUUACGGCGUUUUCUGACCGAAGGCCAAAACCUGAACAUAGAGUUUGGGAAGACCAUCUCGCACUUAAGCGUUUGUCCCCAAGGAAAUGUCACGGCUAAGUUUCGCGAUGGGACCUCGGAGUCAGGUGACCUUGUUGUUGGAUGUGACGGGUCUCAUUCUAUAGUCCGCGAGUUCCUCGUGGGUGCUGAGGCCGCUAAGCUCCAGCCAGUCGACCUCACCAUGAUCAAUUUCCCACUUGGUGGCUACACAGUCGAUGAGGCUCAUCUUCUCCAGACUCUGCACCCUAUCUUCAAGAUAGCUGCACACCCAGAGCGUCCCGGAAAUGCCAUCCUUGCAGCACUAGAUAUCGCUGAUCCAGAAGAUGCGACCUCGUGGAAAUUCCAGAAUUAUAUCGGUUGGUGGGGCCCACCAUAUGCUAAAGACCUUCAAGAUAUGAAGACACGCGUGAAGUACUAUAAAUCAUUCAUUUCGUCUUUUUGCGAGCCAUUCCGCACAGCAGGACUUAAAUUAGGUGAAGAAGACACCAUUCCUGUCUAUCCAGGGCAGCAAUGGGCGCCUAACAUGCCUUGGGACAAUCGCGGUGGACGGGUCACUCUCGCAGGCGAUGCGGCUCACUCAAUGGUACCUCAGCGUGGCCAGGGGCUUAACAAUGCCAUGCAAGACGCCGCACAUCUCGUCGACGCAAUCAAGUCAGUUCAGAUUACCCAGCAGCAUACAUUGAAAGAUGCAAUCGACGCUUAUGAGAACGAGAUGAAACCCAGAGGCUCAAGGGAAGUACACUUGUCGCUUGAGCAAGCUCGCCAGGCAAGCAAUUCCAAGGCGAUCAAGGAAAGUCUAAUCUUUAAAAUCGGAUGGAAGCCAGUAAAGGUGCCGAACCAUGAGAAGCAGACAGAUACUGCCGCUUGUAAUUAG